AUGUCUCAACAACAAAACAACACAACCACUAACUCGAACAAUAGCCCUUACGCAGCAUUUGCAUCAAAUACUCCAAGAAAUAACAACCCUAACAAUUUCCGAAAGAAACACAAGUUUUUCCUAAAGGUUUCUAACGAAAACAAUUCAUCAUCUACCUCUUCAUCAAAUCAAGCCUCAUCUUCUUCUGAUGAUCAAAAUAAUUCUUUGGAAAAUAAUCAACAACAACUAAUUGAUGGAUUUAAAUGUUGUACUUAUAAUAUUCAUGUUUUUAAAUCAGGAAAUGGACAAACAACUUUAGAUAAGCUAAUUGAUUAUCUAACUGUUGGACAGAUUGGAUCUAAACCUUUUGAUAUCAUUGGAUUGAAUGAAGCUUUCGAGUCGAAAUAUAGAAGGGGACAAAUUUUGACACCUUUAAAUGAAAUUCAAAAGUCACUUACUAAAUAUUAUGGAACAGAAUACAAGUGUUAUUAUGCACCAACUUGUAAAACGAUGGGAAAUUGUUUCAUAACUGCAUUGCCUGUUAAGAAAACUCAAACUUGGAGACUUGCGAAAGGACCUGGUGGAGUGAGAAAUGUUUUAGGAUUGCAACUUGAUUUGGAGAAAUGCAAGUCACCAGUUGAAUAUUUCUUUCUCACACAUUUGGAUUUUAUUAAUGAGGAAUGGAGAGUGAAACAAUUUUCACAGAUUUUGGAAUUUAUGGAAAAAUUCAUGAGACAAUCGUUCAAUACUAAGGAUAAUAAUUUUGUAAUGAUGGGAGAUUUCAAUGCCAUGUAUAAGAAUGAUUAUACUCAAGAAUUUUGGGAUCAAAUUCAAAUGGACAGAAUGCAAGAGCAAUGGGAACCAGCUGUCAGUACUCUUAUGGACAUUUUGCUUGGUGACAUUAAGGAUGAGCGAUUACCCAUUCAGAAAAAUCUCAAAUGCGAAAAAUUAUAUGAUACAUGGCGAAUGUGCAAUAAGGAAUUACAAUUCAAUGGUAGAAACCUUUCCUCCUCAAGACUGAAAACCAGAAUUGACUAUAUUCUUUGCUCUAAGAGUUUAUCCAAGAAUGUUCUCCACAGCUGCAUUGAUACCAAAUCAAAAACUACUUCAAUUUCAGAUCACAAUCCAGUCAUUACACACUUUUCCUUUUUAGCAUAGCUUUUCAACAUUGAAACACUACAAAUUAAUAGUAUGCAGCAUAGUUCUGCAGUAAAUUAAGCAUUGUCCAAUUCCAAAAUGGUAUGACACAAUUCUCCUUCGUUCGUUCUAUUUCAUUCUCUAAGGACCUCCAAAGUGUUGCACCUCAAUAAAUACAUCCGCACCAUCUAUUUC